UGGGACCCAGUCGCCGGGCGCAGCAUUCAGCGCUUCGUGGUGUGUUUACAGUGGGUUUGCAUUGCGUGUGUUCACUGGACAACAUCUAAGUUUGGCACUUAAAAGAUUAUAGCAAGCAAUUGCAAAUUGACAAUGAAGCUGGAAGUUCAGUGACACAGGCCCAGUCGUGUGGAUGGAGUCAGCGCGCGGGUCAGGGGGGUCGGGGGGCCUGUCCCGCGAGUACAAGCUGGUGAUGCUGGGUGAGGGAGGAGUGGGAAAAAGCGCCAUUAUCAUGCAGUUCAUCAGUCACAGGUUCCCGGAGGACCACGACCCAACUAUAGAGGACGCCUACAAGACACAGAUCCGCAUUGAUGACGAGCCGGCCAACCUGGACAUCCUGGACACGGCAGGACAGGCUGAGUUCACAGCAAUGCGGGACCAGUACAUGCGGGCGGGGGAAGGCUUCAUCAUCUCCUACUCCAUCACUGACCGGCGGAGCUUCCAGGAGGCGCGGCAGUUCAAGCAGCUCAUCUACCGCGUGCGCCGCACGGUGGACACGCCCGUGGUCCUGGUGGGAAACAAGUCUGACCUCACACACCUCCGGCAGGUGUCAGUGGAGGAAGGUCGGGGGCUGGCGCGAGAGUUUCAGUGUCCCUUCUUUGAGACUUCGGCGGCUUUCCGCUACUACAUCGACGAGGUGUUUGCCGCCCUGGUGCGGCAGAUCCGCCAACGGGAGGCGGAGGCGGCCAGGGGGAGCGAGAGGAAGGCGCGGCGUCACCACUCCUUCUGGACCCGUUUGAGGUCCCCCUUCCACAGGAAGCAGCACUCUGAGCACUGAGAGAUAUGGGGGGGGGUAGGACAGGGUGGGGUGGGGGACUCACGGUGGGACGACCUUUGCCUGUACAGAAAGGGAGGUCAAGGAAGAGAUGAAGGGUGAGAGGAAAAAAAAGAGGAGGAUUGAGAGGGAAGCGAUCUAAAAGAAAAAGGACCAUGUAGUGAGAGAAUCUGAAGAUGGGAAGGUGGGAGGGAGUCACAUUACUGAGUGAGACUGAGGUGGGGACGAGUCGGUAAUAAUAGAAUAUGGAGGUUUAGGGAUGAGAAAAGGAGAAAAGAGUGAGAAGGGAAGAUGGCAAAAAAGGAGGGACUGUGGAUAUGUUGAGAGAGGGUCUGAGUCAGAGAUGAAGAAAGGGGAGAUGCAGGGAGAAUUUGAGGGCUUUGAGAGAGCUGUGUGGGUGGCUUUCUUAGUGAUAUCACAAACGCGUUCUUGUUGAACUGUAGUCCAAAUGUAGGUUGGUGGCCAUACAUACUACACUGUGUCAAUGUGCAGAGAAUCUUUUGUUGUAAAAACAACAUAUAUAUAUUAUACACAAUAUGAAAUGAUGUUUGGCAGUGGUUCAACAUCUUCCAGCAGGAGUGUGGAUGUCAGAUUUAGAAAAAUGAUAAAUGUUAAAACAUUUAGUCAAAUUCACAGUAGUUUCCCUCAAUCAAAUGAAACCAAACCAACAAUUUUUUUCUGUAUUUACUUAGACCCACUCUCUUUUCAGUUGAUAACAGCAAUACAUUGCCAAUCACCAGUUUUAUUGUGUACAAUAGUUGAUUUUCACAUCAAAUGACUGUCUCUGUACCAUCCAGUUAGUUUACAGUAGAUGCAGGUUUUGCAAAGGCUGAUGUGUAGCAUGCGGUGGGAUAGAGCAGGUGAUGAAAUGGGUAAUAUCCUCAAAAUCCACCCAGAAACCUGAUUAAGAGCUAUAGAUAGCCAAGGGACCGUAGACCUAGGUCCAGUGCACCUCUGCCUGUUCUUGGUUUAACAGUCUGUGCAGCUGGGAAGUAGAGCUUAUAUUUGUGUAGGUUUUUCAUAAAUCUGGGUGUCAGAACAGAUAUUCUCCCUAGUUCUUAGCUCAGCUGAAUGUCAUAGAAGAUAUUUACCCAGGUUUUCAGCGCAGCAGGUUGCCAGAUCAGAUAUUUACCUGAGUUUUCAGGGGAUUUUCAGACAAGGUUGUCGGUGGAGUGCAGAGGUUGCCCUGCUCCCAUUUGCCCUGCUUGCACAGGUGCUGCACGGCUCUUGCUCUUCCUGCCCUGUAUUAGUAAAGACUUGAAUGGCUCAUGCCUCUACACGAUGGGAUUUCAACGUGACUCGAGCUAUAGCUGCCAUUUGGAGACUGAAACGCCAGCCGUGCACUUACUCAGUACAUCCGUAUUAUAUUUUUCAUCUUGACUGUAUGUGAGCUCUGGCAGUACUAAAUGCUUAUUUUUUUAUAUGGGGCCAUGUACCAGGCUGUGCUCUUGGUUUUGUGUUGUUUUUGUUAUUGUUGUCGUUU